CAUUUUUAUGAUAUAUUAGGGUAUCUAUGCAUACGCAUAUGCGAUGCUUCCUAUUCUUUGUCAUGCUUGUGUGCUGCAGCAGUAAUCUAUUUAUUGGUCGCAUGUCCACUAGACCAUCAGCCGGAAAACGAAGCAUACAGAAACAGCGGAUUUCAGAUGUGGCUUGUUCCUUGGCAUCGAUGGAGUUCAGUUACGAGCGCAUGCAUCUACUUCAAAAGGAGGAACAAGCAAUUUCAUAUUAUUUAGCUCAAUGUAAAAUCGCUGCACAAAGGUUUUGAUGCGCCAUAAUCGUAUGUAUUAUAAUUAUGCAAC